CAUAAUGCUUAAUAAUGCAGAGAGGAAAUUAAUCACCUGUUUAUUAAAUGUUGCCAAUUUUUUGUUUUUAAUUAACCUUUUCACUUUAUGCUUCGAACAGAUUAAUCAGCCGACGGGUCGUUGCAACUGACAGAUUAAAAAUGAUCGCCGGGUUAUCCACUGAAAAACGUAGUUGGCAUUACAUAGUCUCAGAUUUAACAUGAAAUGUUAUCUACAAUUAGAUAACACGGGUGACUUUACAAGAAACUGUCUAGAAAACGCGGUACCCAUAGCGGUCCGGUGGUUGCGCAAACCAACGCCCCACUGACGGCACCAAUGAACUGGAAAGCAAGGUCUUCGACCACCACAUUGUUUUAUUUUAGCAGUGUCGUUCUAAUUAGGACUAGUCGAAACAAUACCACAGGAAGGAAACGACCGGAUACGGGCCCCCAGACGCCCUGUGAAAACUAUCACACAACUAAUACAAAAACUAUUCCGUUCCACCGAAUUUAACCUUAGUAUAAAUAACAGUGCAAUACUGAAAUGACAUCAGUCUCGAAUCGUCGGUAACAAUCACAUCGACAAUGAUGUUGACACAAGUUUUCACCCUCGCCCUGGUUGCGUUGGCAGCAGCUCACAAAGUCGAGCUGGCUGAUGAGAAGACUCCAUACGAUUAUGUGAAAGAACGUUUGGACGCGCUCGGUACUGACGGAAAAACUGGAUUACCUCUAUCUAAUAGUUAUGAAGUGGAAGAAAGUGAAGACUAUCCUGAGCAAAUAGAAGGAGCCGCGUCUACUGUUCUGAAUACUGUUACUGGUGUUGGUGGUGUUGGUGGAGUUGGUGGACUCGGUGUUGGUGGAUUAGGCUUAGGCCAAGGACUCGGCUAUGGAGGCAUCGGACUUGGAGGCAUUGGACAAGGACUGGGACUCGGUCUCGGAGUUGGCGGUGUUGGCGUCGGUGGUGCUGGUGUGGGUGGAGUCGGCGGUGUAGGAGUUGGUGGCGUUGGUGGUGUUGGAGGCGUUGGAGGCGUCGGCUUUGGCGUUGGCAACGGAGUUGGCCUUAUUCACCCCGGAAUUGGUGGAUUGGGAGUCGGUGGAAUCGGCCUAGGAAAUGGUUUGCUAUACCACCCAUUGCUCGGUCAACAAGUAAGUGGUGGAUACGUUGACAAAAAUGCUUACGACGCUGCUCAGAAGAAAGGUGCUGGAGAGAAUUUAGAAAAAAUAGAAAAGAAAGCUGAAGAGGAAGUGAAGCAUGGCCAGGAAGGUUACCAACAGGGUGCUGCUGCCGCUUUAGCCGCUAAGGGUGAAUCAAGCUUCUACAAGGACGAAGAAGCCAAGAAAAAAGCUGCCGGUGACGAGAAAUUUUACGAAGGAAACUCGAAACUCGACAAACACGGUGCUAACGAGGAACAGGUUAAAAAAGCCAAGAGUCAUAAGAAAGGUCAUGUGAGCAAGGGUUUCAAGAGUUCCAGUAGCAAGAAUGAGGAAGAAAAGACUGAGAGCUUCUAUGAUGAAGCCCAUGACGAAGCUGAUCAUAAACUUGCUGGACACAACGCUGGUUCCUUCGGAGAGAACGCUCAACAAGGAUUCAAGGGAGCUCAAGAAGAGAAGAUUUUGGAUGCCAACUCUCAGGGCAAGGAAGGACAUCACGUGUCUGAACAGAAGAUUGAUGAUUCCAAGGCCAAUAAGGGUGAGUACCUGCAGAAAGGCUACAAGGGUGGUGCCGAAGUUCUGGAGAAGUUCAACAACCUCGGAGCUCACUCAGUGCAUGGACAUCAAGAGGCAACUGGAGGCUACCAGCAGAACAAGGGAAUCCUACCCAUCCACCGUUAA